AUGGCUCGACGCACUACUCCCAAGUUUCCGCAAUUACUUCGUUGCGGCCGCAAGCCGCAGGUGACUCGCCGCGUUCCUCACACCCAAAAUUACCGCUUCUGGCAUCACAACGAGCGCCCGCGGGAGUACCCCUGGCGGUCCAUCCUCGGGCGAAAGAACGCAGAGCGUGACCGAGAAAUUGCCGUCUUUGGCGAUUUUCUGGCCUCCAACCUUGGUCAACAGUCGAGCAUUGCCGAAAAGGGCGAGAGACACCGCACAUCGCGGAGAUUGGCGUCUGGCCGGGCUACCAAAUUUCCCUGUUGGGUAAUUCACGUCUCAACGGCAGCCUGGAUGUUCGGCAUACAUACACCUGGGCAUAAUGCUCCCGCCGAUGACGCCCUCGUAUGUACGAGGAAAGUAUGCCAGCCAAGACAUGUACGCACUGCGACUACGCCGGUGGACACUCACCUAACUAUCACACCCUUGAGAUGGCCUGCUACUCAGGGGCUCGGCGCCCCUGAGCUGGGAUAUGGCUCGCGAGAAAGUUUCUUACCGAGACCCCGAGAGUCAGCUCCUACUAGCUUCUCGAAAUCUCUGCCAGAGUACAGCAAUUCGGGGUCGCCGCAAACAGUGGCGGAGCUGGCCAUGGCACUGCAAUCUACCAACGGACGGGAUCAUUUUCCGCUUAGAGUCUCUGAAGAUGAGAAGCGAGGGCUCAUCGCCGAGAUUACCCCAUAG